AGUCCCCCGCAUUUGUUCGGGGGCUGUCGUUUGAAACGGUCCGUGUGUUGUGGAGAGAAGGGAGUGCGGUCCGUGAGGAACACUCAUCAACAGCUGACCGUAUUUUAGAUCAACCUUCGAAUCAUCUGAACGGUCUCUCACUUGAUUUCCCAGCAAACUUCAGCCGGUUUCUUCACAACCGACAUGAUGUGGAAAGCUCUGCUCGCUACUUUUGUGAUGGCCGUCACCAUCGGCGGAACAACUGGCCAACAAGCCAAUACUCUUGGCCAUCAGUACAACAGUCUGGGUUGCUGGAAUCCGUCAGGGUUGCCGUCCAUAGAGGGGCAGGAUUCACGCCUUAAUGGCAACGACUGGACCAUACGGGCAAACGCCAUUCAGAAGUGUUUCCAGGCCGCAUGUCACAUGUGUUACACCGUGUUUGGGCUAGAUGCAAACGGCCGAUGCCGCUCGUCUGCCACUGCGCCCGACGACUACGACGAUGGCGGACCUGCCACGGGCUGUGAGAACACGGUCGGCAGAGGCGGGGAUGGGGCAAUGGAGGUCUACCAGGUCUCAGAUAAACACCGCCACAUCUGUACCAAGUGUCGGGAUGGUAACCCCAGGACUAUGGACUGCUUCAUGGACAUAGUUCUUGUCCAAGAUGACUCUUCCAGCAUCCCCCAUAGUUUGUUUGGGAACACCAAGCAAUACAUGGUCGACUUCACUCAAUGCAUCAACUCGUUUGAUGACCGAGUUGGAGCUAUUCUUUACAACUGUGAAGCGAGGAAGGAAAUCGGUCUGGACGAGUACACAAUUGGUGACCUGGGACUUGAGGCUGACCUCGACUACUUGAUGCAGCAGGGGGGAAUAACCCGAACCGGCCCGGCUAUUCGCUACAUGAGAGACACGACUGCUUUGACAUGGCGUAAUGGGGCUCGUCGAGUGGCGGUAGUUCUGACAGACGGCUACAUCCAAGGCUAUCCACUGGAUGACCAUGUCGCAGAAGCUGACGCAGCACGAGACGAUGGGAUCACCCUGUACAGCGUCGGUGUUGGAGACCCCGUGAACAGCGCAGUGCUCUUGGACAUCGCUGAGAUCCCCCCAAAUGUUUUUGACGACACCGACCCAUGUGCUCUUUACAACCGAAUACUACAGGACCAGUGCCCUGGCAACGGUGGUGGUGGCAACGGUGGUGGCAACGGUAACGGAGGCAACGGUGGUGGCAACGGUAACGGAGGCAACGGUGGUAGCGGCAGUAACGGAGGCAACGGUGGUGGCAACGGUAACGGAGGCAACGGUGGUAGCGGCAGUAAUGAAAGCGGCAGUGGCUCCGACAGUGGCUCCGACAGUGGCUCCGACAGUGGCUCCGACAGUGGCUCCGACAGUGGCUCCGACAGUGGCUCCGACAGUGGCUCCGACAGUGGCUCCGACAGUGGCUCCGACAGUGGCUCCGACAGUGGCUCCGACAGUGGCUCCGACAGUGGCUCCAACAGUGGCUCCAACUGAGACAACGAUCUCCAUCACUAUUGACCCUAUUACGACCCUAUUAGGAUGACUGCGCCCCUAAAUCAUGCAAAUUACCUACAGAAACCCUGCCAUAGUAGCACAAUACAUGAUUUAACAGAUGUAUUCCACUUGAAAAACCCUCAUUGUUUAAAAUGAUUUUAAAACUAGAAAGGCCGACAUUUGCUUACAAGGGCAUAGGAGCCAAAAAUAGACAUUUUAGUCAAAAAUGGCCAAAAAACCCCAAAUAAAUAAUUUUUGAAGUGGUCUAUGA